AUGGUAAUUAAACGAAAACGCAAUUCGAAACCAACUGCGCCAAUUUUGGUGACAAGGACUAAGCUGGAUACUACGACACAUUCUAAUAAGGUUGAACGUCAAGGGCAUCGAAGGCGUCGAGGACUUACACGAAAAUUCGAUGUUUUUUCUAAGCCUGCUGAAUCUUCGGAUGCAGAAGAACUUGAAAUCAGGCGUUUAGAAAAAAAAUUAGGAAUUAAAUCGAGUGGCAAAUUGACGAAAGCCUUUGCUGAAGAUGGAUUAGACGGUUUACUAGAAGGAUUUGAGAUCGGCUCUAAAAGGUCGAAAUCAGCUAAUUUUUUGAAGGAUUCAGGUUCAGAGCAAGUUAAGGAUGAUGAUACUUUUGAAACAGAGAAAUCAGAACAUUUUGAGGAUUUCGGUGUAAUAGGUGAAUUGAAUGAAGACAAUCUUUGCGAAGUCGAUGUGACUAUUGAAGAGUUUGAUGAUCAGCAGCUUGAACACGUCACGAAAGUUGACUCAGGACAAAAUAUUUUAGAACCCAUGUAUAAUGGAUUCAUAAAAGAGUUAACUAAUUGUAUUCCAACUCCUAUAGACAAGUAUCUUCCACCACAUAUUCGUGAUAAAGUUGCAACCUUAAAUGUUGCAGAGACUGAUAAAAUUAAAUCAGAACAAAAAAUACGGUUACAACGCCAGUUUCAAGGAUUACUGAACAGAUUAAGUGAAUCUAAUAUCGAAAAUAUAAUUGUGAGCAUAAAAGAAGUAUAUGACAAGCACAUACGACACGAUGUGAUAUCGACACUUACAAAACUCGUUUUGAAUAUGAUCUCAUCAAAGACAAUGCUUUUGGAUCAAUUCGUAAUUUUGUAUGCUGCUUUUGUUGCCGCAUUGUAUAAAACUAUAGGGAUUGACUUUUGUAGGUUUAAAUAUUGGGCCAUUAAUCAUAGUGCAAAUUUCAUACAGACCCUUAUUGAAGAAUUUGAGGGUUUCCAUGGCCAAUUUAAUAGAUCAAUAGACACAAAAGACGUUGAUUGUAAUGGUGGCAAAGAGUAUUCAGGUUAUCAACUUAAACAAGACGAUCCUUCCUCUUUGAAGGAAAUCAUUCAACAAGUUCAGAUCGAAAUAAAUAAGAAAGAUCCAAAGAGUUUCGGGUCUCGUACGAAAUUCAUGAUUGAAACAAUUAUGAAUUUAAAAAAUAAUCGCUUAAAACAGCAAUCUUUAGCUAUAAAUACAGAAUGCUUAUUAAGAAUGAAGAAAUUCCUCGCAAAUUUAGGAAAGAGGAUUCAUGUUCAAGCAACUGAAGCUUUGAGAGUUAGUCUUGAAGAUAUUCGGUCAAUUGAUACUAAAGGCAAAUGGUGGCUUGGUUCGUCAUGGACUGCAAAUACGAUUGAUAACCAAUCCACAUUAAUUACCCGACAUCCGGAAAAUAGCUCUGUUUCUGAGGUUCUUUUAAAUUUAGCUAAACAACAAAAAAUGAAUACUGAUGUUCGAAGAAGCAUUUUUAUAGUUUUAAUGAGUAGUGAGGAUUAUAUUGAUGCAUUUGAGAGACUGUUGAAACUUGGUUUAAAGGAAGUCCAAGCGCGGGAGAUUCCUCGAGAAAACAUUCAUAAUCCAUAUUAUUCUCUAAUUGCACAACGUCUCUGCGAUUAUGAUCACAGUUUUAAAAUAACUUUUAAAUACUGUCUGUGGGACUUUCUCAGAGAAUGUGGUGAAAGUGAUGUGGGUGGAAUAAUGAUGAAGAGCAUGCCAUCAAGAGACCAAUCUGAAAAAAUUUCACUAAGGAGGAUUGUUAAUUUGGCAAAGCUUUUUGCAUGGUUAAUUGUGAAUGGAGGAUUGUCUGUUAUAAUUUUAAAGACUGUCACUUUUACUAAAUUGCAAUCUCAAAGUCGUUUAUUUUUUCAACUCCUUUUUUCACACAUUAUUUUAACUCAAAAUGCGAACAAACGUAAUCCACAAUUACUCGUCAAAAUUUUCAUAAAUGUGGUACAUAAUCCAACAUUGGCGCAAGGAAUAAUGUUCUUUUUACACCAUUUUGUUAAAACAGGAGAUAUUCUAGAAGAAGAAGAGAAAGAAAUAGUUGAGUGGGGAUGUGAUGUCACUAAAAAAGUGAUACAGAGAAGCCUAAGUGCUGAAAAGAUUUUGUAA